CGAUGGGCCAUUCUCAACCUGGCGUCCGCCUAGCAACACUUGCAGACCUCGACGAGCUCGUCGAGUCCGCGUCCCGCGCCUUCCUCGAGAACCCGCUACACCACUACUGCGCCAACGCACGCGUUCCCAUGACCGACCCAUCUUUGACAAAAGACAGGCGGAACAACACCCGCUUCCUCCGCUUCGUCAUGAAGUCCACCUUCCUCUACGAACACCGCAACACCGUCGUCGUGCUCCCGCAAGACGACCGCUCGCCAGGGAAGAUCGUGGCCUGCACGCUCUGGCUCGCCCCGAACUCGCGCCUGGACCUGUGGAAGAUCGUCGUGCUUCUCCGCGCGGGCGUGCUGGGCCCGAUCAAAGCCUGGGGCCGGAAAGGGUUCGUCAGGCUGACGCAGGAGUUCGAGCCCGCGCGUCGGAGCGGGCGCAGAGGGAGGCGUUCAAGAAGAGGGGGCUGGGGAAGAAGGAGCCGAGAGAGGCGUGGUUUCUGCAGUUGGCCUGGACGGCCGGCUUGCGGGUUUUCGGACCCACCGAAAUACCGUGCCCCGAUGCUGAAAGGAGGGAACAGGGUACUUGUCAAUGCUGAUCAGUGACCAGCUUCUCGCGUUCGCGCCGCGGGAAGUGCAUGCGUUGGACGCGAGCGGGCGGCAUUCGAGGGACCGGUACGAACACCUUGGAUUCGAGGUUGGUGACUCGUCCUGUCCCCUCGUGGAUGCGUACUAUGGUGGGGUCAGACGAUGUCGGGGAAGCUCACAUGCGAUUUCUUGAUUGGCAGGAAAACUGCCCCAUGCGAUUCGGGUUUGGGAAAGUCGAUGAGGACGGCGUGGUCGUCAAGGAUAAAGAGAGAGCCACCGGGUUCGUGAACAACAGCACGACUAAGUGGGUAGACUCGUAGAGUCCCCGUCAUGAUCGAGGACAAGCUUUACGUUAGGGGAGCUUCGCUCCUCCCCGAUGGUAAAUUAGUUCGGGAAUACAGUUCAGCCGACGAAACAGAAGGCUCAACAGAAAUUGUCGCUAUCAACGAGCCGUGGCUCUCCCCUUGUAAAAUAUCCAGAUGUUCAGGUAUGAAGGAACAUUCGUGGUGCCUUCAACACCGACUGUCAAGUCUCCAGUGCGUCGGCGUCGAGCCGUGAGCGUGUGAUGGUAUUGGCACCGGGCCGGGUCAUGUCUACUAUUUCUCCCUAGUUCGGUUCAAUGCGACUCACCCGCAAACGACUUGCAGGGAGUUCUCCCGACGCGACGUCUAUUAAUAGAGUCCACUAACCGAAUGCAAAUCACCCGCGUUGCAACCAAUUCACCCACAAAACGAUUGAGAAGUCGCCGUGGCAGCAGCACCUCGCAUGCAAGGGACAUUCAUCCCAGACGUCUUAUUCCCGCUGCUCACGCUGAAUUCUUGCGGCAUGACAGCUUUACUACACAUUUUCACCGACUCACCGAGACCGAAGGUCGAUGAUCCGCCCGCAAUCACCUGGCUGCGGACACGAAAGCAAGCAAAUGGGGAUAAAACGUAUGCGGACCAGAGCUUCAGCCCAACCUGGAUACCGCGAUGGACCAAGCCAAACCGUACAUCCGCCAAGCUACCCUCGCCGAGCUCGACGAGCUCACCGAAACGGCGUCCCGCGCCUUCCUGGACGACCCGAUGCUUCACUACUGCGCCGAUGCGCACGUCCCCAUGAGUGAUCCGGGGUCAGCGAAAGACAGGCGGGACCAAGCACGCUUCCUCCGCUUCCUCAUCAAGUCUACCUUCCUCUGCAAGCACCGCAACACCGUCGUCGUUCUCCCUAGCACCACUCGAGGGGGAAAGGAGAAGAUCGUCGCGGGCACGCUCUGGCUCCACCCCGGCUCGCGCCCCGACAACGCGAUCGUGCUGCUGCGCGCCGGCUGCGUGGGCGCGAUGAAAGCGUGGGGGAGGAAGGGUCUCGUCCGCCUCGCGCGCGAGUACGAGCCGGCGUCGGGGCGAGCGCAGGAGGAGGCGUUCAAGAAGAGGUUCAAGGGGGACGGGAAGAAGCUCCGUCCGCGAGACGCGUGGUUUUUGCAGUUGGCGUGGACGGAUCCGGAGUAUCAGGGGAGAGGCGAGGCUUUGCGCCUAGUACCCGAUGGAUAUCUGUCGAUGCUGAUCCGGGACCAGUUCGCGUUUGCGCCCCGGGAGGUGCAUGCGUUAGACGCCAGCGGGCCCAAAUCCAGGGAUCGGUACGAACACCUCGGGUUCGAGGAAAACUGCCCGUUGCGUUUUGGGGUAGGGAAGGUCGAUGCGGAUGGCGUGGUCGCGAAGGAUAAGGAGAAGGCUAGGGGGCUCGUUCAGUUCAGUAUGACCAAGUGGGUGGAAACUUCGCCGUAAUCAUACGUUGAGCGGGAAAUAGGCUUUUUUACACCUGGGGGAUUCACAGACGCUUCACCAGGAAUACUCAUCAGCUCCUCGUUACAACAUACCAAUCCCAGGCAGUUCAAGCAGGAGGCGAGUCAAUGAUAUUAAGACGCGGCUGCGGAUACAAUGCGGUGAUAAUCCAGAUUGUGAUGCGUGUACAGUAUUAGCUGCGCCUAAUGU